AUGGUGAACCGGUGGAACAAGGCGAUGGCGGUAGGGCUGCGGCACAACCACGACAUCUCGUUCAUCGCGACGCAGCGCAAGACCAUGGCCCUGAUCUACUACAUCACCAACUAUGCGACUAAGGUAGAGGACCCUACGUGGAAGCGGGUGGCCGCCGCGGCCGAGUUACUCCCGACCUUAGAGCCGACAGCAGAGAGCAGUAUCCCCAGCGCCGACCGCAACGAUAGCGGGGGGAACGGAGCCGGAGAGGAGGCCGCGGCGGACCCUAUAAGGGGAACAAGACGAGGCGGCGCGGCGUGGGCGUACGUGAACACGAACCAGCUCUACUGGGCCGUCUUCCGCCAGUGGCGGCACCUCCGACUGGCGAGCGGGGUAGAGGCGACGGCGAGCGACGCGCCGGACGAGACGGUCGUCGUCGAGGAGGCGGGGCCGAGGAUCUCCUUCAUCGAGGCCUACCGGCAUAGAGGCGGGCUCCUACAGGGCCUCUGUCUCUACGACUACGCGUCGCUCGUAAGGCUGAAACGGAAUGGCGGAGGCGCCGAGGGCUGCGCGGCCUGGGGCGAGAUACCCUUUAACGAGAGCUGGGCUCCGGGGAAGGACUGGGCGCAAGUGCUCAGACGGCCGGGUAAGGGGGCGAGCGUACGCCUAGACGGGUACCUCAGUAAGGAGUUCGGCGAGGAAGACGAGGAGUCAUGUCAUCGGAGGGCGGCGGUGCAGCAUCUAGCGCUGUUCCCCGUAUCCAUCCAUCAAAAGCAGCCUCUUACUACCAACAGCCCCUUUUUUGGUAUAAGCCUCGAAGUGCUGGAUCCAAGCCAUCGAUAG